UUGCUCUCGCUACGUGUUCUAAACUUGCUGCGUUUGUGUUCAGUCGUCUUUGCAAGCUUUGUAAACAGAUAAGGCAAUUUUAAGUUUGAAUUAAACAUCUUGUGACGAUGGCUAUUGUUAUAAAGAAUCCGACUACCCCGUACGUGGGCCCCAUUCCCGUGGGGAUGACAGAGGGUGCCACUAUCCACGUGAGAGGAACCACCGAGCUUCACCACUCAGGGUUCCUGAUCAGCCUUCAGUGUGGCAGCAGUACGGACCCAAGGAGCGACUGUGCACUGGCAUUCACUCCGCGCUUCAGCGAACAACAGGCCGGUCGGAACAGUCUGCAGAACGGCUGUUGGGGAUUGGAAGAGAGUCACGGAAGUGUCACCUUCCGCCUUGGUGAAAAUGUGGACAUGUCGAUCGUGGUUCAUGCAGGCUAUUAUACGGUGAUGGUGAACGGUCGCCACUUCUGCGACUACAAUCACCGCAUUCCUCUAUACCGGGUGAGCCACAUCUCCGUGGAACAGGGGAUCCGUAUCCGGGAGAUUGUAUUUGAGACACCAACGGGAUACCCCCAUCCGACGCCCGGAUACCCUUGUAUUUCAACCGGACCUUCUGGGCCUGUCGGGUCGAUUCUCCACCCGCCCGUACCGUUCGUACACAACUUGGGGUCCGUCUAUCCGGGAAGGAUGGUUUUCAUAAGCGGUAUCCCACAUCCUUUUCCCAUAAGGUUCAACGUCAACUUCGAAAGCAAGCCAAACGGGCCGGACAUUGCCUUCCACUGCGACUUCCGGUUCAACUUCUGUGCUCAUCAUAACGUGAUCGCUCGCAACACGCAGACGAACAAUAAGUGGGGACCAGAAGAGUGCACUGACAGUAAUUUUCCUUUGAUCCCGAAUGUCUUUUUUGAGAUGAUAUUCCUCGUGGAGCAGCAUUGCUUUAAGUGUUUUGCAGGUUGCAGUGAACAAUGUUCAUCUUCUCGAAUACAAACAUAGGCUGCAGCCACUGAGCAAGUUUACUUUUGUGAGAAUAGAUGGUGACGUCAAUAUCACGCAAGUGCGCUACCAGUGACAACUUUCAUAUCAUGUCAUCAGAUUGCACUGAACGUACCGGAGCGAUUGACAACAUUUCACCAAAUGAGUUUAAUGUUACUUUUUCAGAAUUAUUGUCUUUUUAAAGAUAUAUGUUAACACAUAAAUGUCAUCAAUUUUAACAUAAUUAUGUAUAAGAUAUUGGUGUUUUAAUAUAAAUGUAGAUCGUCAUCAAACUAUGUAAAUUGUACGAUCAUUAUUCUGGAAGGCUUAGCCAAAGACAACGUUUAUGUCUUUGUGUGUAUAUUUCUCUUUUAUAACAGAUGCAAACAUAAAAUGCCCCAAAAGUAAUGUUGCGGUAAAUGUUGGGCUAAAAUCUACACUUCGCAUAUUCAUACGGAUUUUGGAACAAGUUUGCAAUGGUUAAUCUACCCAAAAAUAAGCCGUGGAACAUGUUCGGUAUAGACGUCAUGCUUUGAGUGUAUUUUGUUUUGAGCUAAUAGUACACCUAAUUGAACAUGCUGUCAUUACUCUUACGGUGAUAUGUUUCACGCUGAUCACAUGAAUCGCUUUUGUCAUAUUUAUUAAAGUCAUAUUAAAGGAUAUUUCUUUU